GAGCGACGACUACCGCCCCGUCGUCAGUCUACGGGGCACACCGUCCGCAAUCGCGUCUCGUUCUCCGCAGUUCGUUUUCUGUURAUUUGUGAUUUCGUCGCGUUUUCGUGUCGCGCGUUCCACGGGUGCCGAAAUAUCGCGUACCUAUUUGUGAGCCGCAUAUAUCGUCCGUCGCGUUUCCGAUAGGUWUACACCGGGUGCGCGYGCAACCCGUGAUGUGAAAGACGGUCACCGACGAGCGUCGUCUAAUCGCGUUACAGGGCAUGUGAAAUAAAUUUAUAAACCACGGCGGGCGCACACACGAAUAUCUUAUUUAAACGAAAAAGUGGACACGACGCAUCGCACCGGCGGUUUCGCGAAGAGUAGUAGGUAGCCGAUCGUCGAACGGUAGUGCGCGAGGUCCGUCGGCCGCCGCCAUGAGCAUGAUGAUGAUGAUGAGACCGUCCGACUCAACGCCCAUCUGUCGGUGCCGGGUCCUGUACCUGGGAUCGGCCGUACCGCAUAUCACCAAGGACGGGCUGCAGGGCAUACAGGAGCCCCUCAAGGAGCUGUAYCCGGAACAGGGGGCCCUGGGCGCCCGAGGCAUCGACUCUUGGCUGAGCGUUUGGAGCAACGGCCUGUUGCUGGAGAAUGUGGAUGAGAACCACAAGAAGAUCACUCGGUUCUUCCCGAUCGAGUCGCUGCACUACUGUGCCGCGGUCCGGUUCGUGCUGGUGCCCGAGAAGUCUAAUGGGUCGUCGCAGCCGCGAUUCCUGCCGCUGGACUCUCCGUUUGCCCGGUCCCCGAACCCCAACCACCCGCCACUGUUUGCGGCCAUACUGCGCCGGACUUCCGGAAUCAAGGUACUCGAGUGUCACACAUUCAUAUGCAAGCGCGAGAUGGCCGCCAACGCGUUGGUUCGGUGCUGUUUCCACGCGUACGCCGAUUCGUCUUACGCCAAACAAUCGGACGGCGGUGGCGCGAACGGUACUACCAACGGUGCCGGUGGCAGCAGCAUAUACGGCACGGUGCGGACCAACAGGUCGGUGGGCAACAAUACGAUCGAGAAGGUGGAGGGUUGGCGUCGCAUGACCAACGGCGGCGGGGCGGCCGGCAGCACGCUGACGCUCAACAGCGCACACUCGAACGGCAUCACCAUGCUGGAGGCGUCCACGAAUUCCAUCGACGACCUKUCCGAGUGCAACGGUGACGAGAAUCACAAAGUGUGGGUGGGUAGCACCAAAGACAUAUCGGAAAAAGAAGACCUGUACGGCGCCGGAAACACGAUGCGCAGCUCGCGAUCGAGCAGGCCUAGACAAUUGGUCGGAGGCGCCCCACCACCUCCACCGCCACCGCCUCCGGUCAGGGACGACAGCAAUAAGUCAGCGUCGAAGAAAGCCAAGGAGAGGCCGCGCCGGAAGAGAACRCCGACCGGCGGAAGUCGCGAAGACCUAUACGCGCCAUCAAUGAACGGUUCGAUCAUGAGAUCUGUACACGGCGGCCGGAGUUCGGUAUCGCUCAACGGCACCAUGGCAAGCCGGGGACCGCCUAGAGGGUUCAUGCAAUAUCAGCAGCCUCCGCCACCGCCACCGCCCAACCACAUAUACUCCAACGGUGGGGGAGGCACCAUGCUCAGGCCCGUCAACGGCUAUCACCCGCAUCCGCCACACCAGCCGCAUCACCACCAUCCAGGAAUGAUGCAGCCGCCGCCUCCGCCGCCCAUCAUGAUGGUGCCCACCACAUUGCCACAUCCCAAGAAAAUGCACAAGAUGAAGCCAGGCAUGAUCCCGGUACCCAGACCGGGCAUGAUUCCAGCAAACUACAUGCCUGUGCCUAUGUACAUGCACACCGGUAAAAAGUCCAAGAAUGGAGUACCCGUGCCUGUGCCGAUGGCCAUGGAAGAACCGAUAUACAUGCCUUCCGCSCGACCGCUGAGCCCAGUCGCGUCCUAUCAACCCGAGCACUUCCCACACGAAGCGUACCUAAUGCAGCAGUACGCCAACAGCAUCAAUCACAUGAACAACAACAACAUCAACAAUAACGGGCCGGCACCGAAAAACAAGAAGGGCAAAAAGGACAAGAAAUCCAAGGACUCGGUCAACGGGAUGAUGCCACCGCUGAUGGUGCCGCAGUUGAUGGUCAACGGCGGCGCUGGCGGAGGCGGAAUGAUGAUGAUGCAACAGCACCAGCAUCAUCAACCRCCGCCACCGCCGGCUGGACCUCCGCAGAUGGCCGUCAACGGUCACAGGGUCAACGGCAACGGCAUGAUGUCGGCGGGACACGACGACAUGACGGACGACACGGAGGACUCGGUGUACAGUACCGGAAUAUACCGGCGGAAGGGUCACCUCAACGAGCGGGCGUUCUCGUACUCGAUCCGGCAAGAGCACCGGUCACGGUCGUACGGAUCGCUGGCCAACCUCAAGUUCGCCGCGCCGCCAAUCGUGCCGAACGGCGUGGAUGGAGUGCCGAACAAGGUGGACAUCAAGAAGGAACGGGAGAUCAUGCAGAUGAUGCAGGAUCUGGAGCUGUCGGGAGAUGAGCUGGACCGCGCCGACCAGGUGGUGCACCACCAGAAACAGAGCAACAACGUGGCGCAUCAUCAGAGGCCCGUCAAGACGAAGCGAUAACCACCACUACGAUAUUAUUGACGUUACAGCGGACCGGAACCACGACCGCMUGCAGUUUUCUUUGACGAGAGAAUUGGCCGAGCGGACAUACAACACAUAUUAUAUUAUAUUACUCUACACGACUAUUAUUAUAUACUCCUGCAGACAAGAACAGAACAGUUUUUU